AUGGGCGCCAUGGCACGCGCAAUCAAGGCGAAAUGGAUCGCUGAGCCGCUGCCACCUCCAGGCAGCUUCAAGAACCAGACGAUACUCGUGACAGGAGGAACGUCUGGUCUUGGUCUGGCCUUCGCCGUCCAUGUCUUGAACCUCGGUGCGAAGGAGGUCAUUAUUACCGCACGUAACUUACCGCGUGGAGAAGAUGCAAAGAAGAAGAUCGAGGCCGAGACACGGACAUCGGGCAAGGUUACGGUUAUGACGCUGGUGAUGGACGACUACUCGUCCAUUGUGUCGUUCGCAGAGCAACUCAAGGGGAAGUAUUCGAACAACGGAGGUCUUGAUUUCAUUGUGUUGAACGCCGGUAUUACGAAUCCAGCGUUCGUGAAGAGUCGUGCAGGCUGGGAAGAGUCGAUCCAGAUCAACGCUAUCAGCACGGUCCUCCUCGCGAUCCUCCUGCUGCCCUGGAUGAAGAAGCUCGCCGGCCAGCGACAGACACCAGCACACAUGACCUUCGUCGGCUCCGGGCAGCACACCGACCCGAAUGUCCAGGAGUGGCUCCCCUAUUUCGACAAGGAAGGCGGCGUAUUGGCACACUUCAACAAGCCGGAGAACUGGCCGACCUAUAAUAUUAACGCCAUGUAUGGCAUCACCAAGUUGAUUCUCAUGUAUGCCACCUACGAGUUGUGUAAAUUGGCUCUAGGGCCCGAUGGACAACCUCAAGUUAUUAUCAAUACUGUCUGCCCAGGAUUAGUGUCCACGAAUCUGUCCCAUUCGAUGGAGGCUCAUUCUUUGGCCUUGAGGGUGAUUGCGCCAAUAUUCAAGGCCGUCUUGUCAAAGUCUCCCGACUCAGGGGCUAGGGUCUACUUGGCAGCCGGACUUACUGGAAAGGAAGGACAUGGAAAGUUCAUAAGGUUCUACCUCACAGACGAGGAAUACAACGCGAGAGCCGCACCCGUGUUCACGAGCGACGCAGGCCGGAAGGUACAGAGCCUGGUCUGGAAGGAGCUAGUCGGUAUACUUGGAGCACAAGUACCUGAAAUAAAGCCGAUCAUCGCGUCACUAACAGGGUAA